AUGUCGGAUCCUUUCAAUUACAGUUUUGGCUGGCUUUGCGCUCUACUACUGGAGUUCGAGGCGUCGAAGAAGUUCCUGGACGAGGUACACCAAGGCCCGGCCAAGUCAAAGCUGGACCCCUACGACGAGAACCUAUAUGCGCUGGGCAGGAUAGGACAGCAGAAUGUUGUCAUCGCUGCCCCGCCAGCAGACUAUGGGUUUGGAAUUGCAUGCGAGAUGGCAUUGAACGUACGCCGAAGCUUUCCCAACAUCACACAUGGCCUAUUGGUGGGUAUUGGUGGCGGGGCGCCCAGCAGAACCGCCGACAUCCGCCUGGGCGACUUGGUGGUCGGUUGUCCAUCGCAGCGUGGGGGGGACGGCGGUAUUAUAUCUCUUAGGAGCAACGAAGUGACAUUUGCGCAGGGAGAGGUGAGCCCGCCGCCUCCAGCACUCGCCAGGAUCGCAAACAGACUGGAAAGCGAACACGAAGCCCUGGGACACCAGCUUGAGCGGAGCAUCGGCGAAGUUCUCAGCCACACUACUGUCCUGGACGCCGCCAGGUUCGAGAGACCAGAUGCAAGCCAGGACCGGCUCCAUGAGGCGCACGAUGUCCAUCCGCCGGACGAGAGCCCAGGAUGUUCGGUAACUUGUGGACCAGACCCCGAGCACCUGAUGGAACGAGUCGACCGCGGAUCGUCUCAGACGACCUUGGUUCACUACGGGGUGAUUGGUUCCUGCAACUACGUUGAGAAAGACGCCAAGGCCCGAGAUAUGCUGUCGGCGGCGAGGGAUAUUCUCUGUUUCGAGAUGGAGGCGGCCGGGCUUGUGGGUGUCUUCCCGAGCCUUGUCAUCCGCGGCAUAUGCGAUUAUUCGGACUCGCACAAGAGCAAGGAGUGGCAGGGCCAUGCAGCGAUGGUGGCCGCUGCGUAUGCGAAGCAGGUUGUCGAGAUCGUCGGGCAAGACGACAGCUCUGAUCCCCAUACACCUUGCCUUUUUCAAGAGGAGCUGUAG